GGCAGCCGCCAGUUCAAGGGCUUGGCCUGGCUAUUCAUGGGGGUGCCUUACUCCAAGUCGCUGCUCUACGACGAUGAGCACAAAGUCUACAAGGAGAAGUACCCUGACAACUUCCGCUAUGACUACGCCAUCAGCCGUGAGGACAAGAACGCAGAGGGCCAGAAAAUGUAUAUUCAGACAAAGAUGGCUGAGUAUGCGGACGAGCUGUGGGAGCUCAUGCAGAACGAGAAGACCCACGUGUACAUGUGUGGCUUGAAAGGCAUGGAGAGUGGCAUGGCCGAGUGCUUCGGGCCUAUCGCGGAGAAGAACGGCAAGGAUUGGGCUGAGUUCGCCAAGGCGAUGAAGAAGGCAGACCGCUAUCACGUGGAAGUCUACUGA